AGAACUUGAGAUGAAUGGUGAACGCUGUGUGUUUAUGUCCGGGUGACAGCAAUGGAGGCUGCCAGGAUGCUCCCUAAAUUGCUCUUCAUAUUUGUUUUUCUGGCUUAUUGUGCUGCUUUGGCAAAGGCUGAGUAUGAAGACAAGAGGUGUAUUUGCAUCUGUCCUGAUCCAUCUGUUGUCAACGGGACCAAGAGCAAUCGUAUGGUAUACAAAGAUCCCGUAGCCCCUAGCAAGUGUGACUGCGACAAUGUAGUUCUGCCUAAAGUUGCUGAUGAUAUCAGGGGUCGUGAGCAGGAAUUCUGUCCUCGCUGUGAAUGUAAAUAUGAGAGCCGGAACAGCACGACCAUCAAGGUUGUAGUUAUUCUGGUAAUAUGGAUCAUCUCUCUGCUGGUGGUGUACAUGGGCUUCCUGCUGUGCCUGGACCCACUGCUCAAUAAGCGACGUUCUCAGCCAUCAUAUCAGGAACACACCAAUGAAGAUGAUGAUGCUGGAGUCGUUGGAGGAGCCCCAGGCAUGGCUCAGCCUCUCCGUGUUCGACCGAAUGUUCUUGGCCGUGUGGGUCAUCAGCAAGACAAGUGGAAGCGACAAGUUCAAGAACAACGUCGUAAUAUUUAUGAUAGACAUACCAUGCUUAACUAAAUGUUUUAUAUAUCUUGGUUUGCCUGAAUUUGUUAUUAAUAUUGCUUGACCAUUCUUCUCAUAAUACUUUUUUCCGUUCAUUUUUUAUUCGUACAUACUGCUAUUUUCUUUUCAAUGUACACUAGUCACAUUAUAUAAAAUACAUCAUAUCUGCUUGUACAGUAUAAGUAUUUUCUUCUCUUUUUAUUGUUAAGCCCCACAUUGCUACAGAAUACUUUAUUCCUUUUUUAUUGUUUUUAAGGUCUAUCACUAUCUUGUACUUUCCUUUCUGCGAUCUAUGGAGUACAUGGAGUAUGAGUGAAGGAAAUUGUAACAAAAUAUAAAUGAAGACUAAAGCUAAACCAUUGGAACAGAUUGAGAAAGCACAUAGUCGAGAGUCUUGCCUUCACAGAGGAUCUUCAGAAUUGUACACAACGUCUCUGCAAAGGAAGCUUUACCCAAGUUAAAUUGAUACUGUACCGUGCUGAGGGAGAGAAGGUAAGGGAAACAUGGCAUUAUUAUUAUAUUUUAUUAUAAUCAUUAAUGAUUAUUCUGGCACUACUCUGUGGCUAGAAGCACAGGUGUGACAAGUUCAACAUUAUUUUAUAGCUCAUAAUGUGGAGAUCUGUCAAAUGUUAGAUGUACAAAUUCAUGAAAUGUAGAUUCUGAGGUGUUCUCCAAGACCCUGUAAGGAUGCCAAGUUUAGUUUAGGUAAAACAAAAUCCUUGCAAGAUCAAAGGAAUAUCAUUGCGACACUAUCACUUUUGUCACAUUGUAUACAGUACUGUACUGUAAAUCAGAGACAAAUCCAAGAAUGUUAGUAAAAUGUUGUAAAUAUAAAUAAAUACUGGAUUACAUGUGAUAAAUGUUUGAAUAUUUCCUCUGCAACUUUAUUUUUGUUUUAAUGUAAAUGGAAUGAAUGGUUCUAUUCAAAUGGAUUUAAUUUGAUAAAUUUCAUUAGUCUUAAGCUUUGGAUUUGAAUGCAGUACUUUAGCAAUUGUUAUUUGACAUUGAUAUGAUGAGGGAUAAUUUUAUUUUUUUUCGGUAUUUGAGAGGACAUUUGUCUGGAAUUCCAUAUAGAAAUAAAAUUUAUUAUUGAUAGAAAUUACUAUCAAUACUGAAUUUUGUAUUACUGUACAGUAUUUUGAACAGAAUCGGUUAAUAAAGUAAAUAUAAUAUUGAAAUAAGACAUAAAAAAAGUCUUGGUUUUAUGUUGUAAGUAGCUAGUGAUAUGGCUAUUUACCUCCAAAAAUAAUAAUUACAGGUGUAUUACUGCUGAAAAUUGUAUAUAUACUGUACAGUAUAGAACUGUAUUAUAUAAAAUAUGUGGAAAUAUGCAAAAUUUCAUGCAUUAUUCAUAUUGUAUACAGUAAUGUACCAGUAGCUUCUAGGUGAAAUACCUUAUUUAUUUAUUUUCCCAUAUUUUCUUUGAAAAUUUAAAGGUUAAAUAUAUUACAGUACCACUUAUAGUACAUUAUAUAUUCUUUUUCAUAGGUAUUUUGUUAACGAGCAGAUUGCUAUUGACAUUUUCACAUGAAAAUGUUAGCCUGGAAAUUAAUUACAAUAUAUGGUUUCUGUGGUACAGUGGUAAAAUAUAUCCUGGUUGGGGAGGAUUGACUGGGUACCAAUCCUUAACUGUAGUCUCUGUUCACCCACCAGUGAAUUGGUACCUGGUUGUUUAAUGAUUUGGCGGGUAACAUUCCCCAGGAAAAUUAGGAUCAAGGACCUGCCCGAAAUGCUAUGCAUGCUACUGGCUUUACAAGAAUGUAAGAGCUCUUGUACUGUAUUUAUAAAUAAAAUAAUAAAAAAAUUUAAUAAAUAGUCUAAUUUAUGUACAUUAUGAAUUAUUAUGCAUAUUCAUAUAUUGAGGUCACUUAGCCAUUUCUUUGUUUAUAAAUUCAGCUUAAUUCAGGUAAAUAUGAACACUUGUAUUAUAAACCAGCUGCAGCAACAAAAUAUGUUCAGUUUCCUUGUUUUGAAUUUUUCAUGAAAUUUGAGACUUUGUGUAUCUCACAUGAAGGGCUGCUUGUUGCUCUUGCUUUUGUAGAUGUCAAAAUUAUCCUCCAAUUAAUUACUCAAGUAAAUAAAUAAUAGAAUUAAA